UGUUGGCAGAGUGGGUUACACAGUUUUUUUCCUCUUUGUCUAGAACAUUUGCAAGUUAGGCUCACUUGCCUUUUAAAAGUGAGCUUUGCUGCAUGCUAUAGCCAUUGAAACAUUUGUGUUGACCUGGAAAGCACAAAGGAUUAUGAACAUGAGCAAGAUGUUUUUAGCCCCUCUUUGCUUUGGAUUGAUAACUUUCUUAUAUGUAAUGAUCCUUUUUAAAUCAGUGCAUGGAUGGCCAUAUCUAACACAAGAAAAGGACUUGUUUCCAGCUAAAGAAGAUACAACCAGUAAGGAACUAUUACAGACUUUGUUGAGUAAAAAUUUUGACUUCCAAAGAAAUUCCAACAUUGAUAUAGACUUGGCUAGCAAAUUGGAAAAACUUAUACAGUUGGAAAAGCUAAAAGAACAGUCUGUUGAGGCAAAGAAUACUAAAAUGCCCUAUGAUGUAGAUGGUCUGUCCUCUUCACAUCCUUACAAGCGAGCUGCUCCACUUCUAAACCAACUCUCUGCCAACCAACUGAGAAAAGCAAUGGAAGACUACUCAAGUGUUUGGAUCCCUACCACACCCAUUGGGGACCAGAAUAACAUGCCUGGCUUGAGCCUGGCUCAGCCCUGGCCAUUGCAAUGAUCUGGGGAGUGAACCAGUGGGUGAAAUAUCUUUCCUUUUCUCUUUCUUUGUCUCUGUGUAGUUCUUUAAAUAAUAAAAUAAAUAAAUAACAAAAAAUAAAGUUGACAGCUGUCAGCAUAAUAACAUUCAAUUUCAAUUAUAAAUAGUUCA